AUGGACCGAUCAGUACAACGACCUCCUUCGACUGACGGCGGCAACGCAAUGGGUCCUCCAAUGAUCGAUUAUGGCGACCCGGCCCUUCUAUCCCAUGACAAUGCCGGCCCCCAGCUCCUCGCCGUCGGUUGGUCACUAUGGUGCGCGGCGGGGUUAUUUCUAGGCACAAGAGUCUACUGCAAGCUCAUCGGCAGCCGGCGGCUAUGGUGGGAUGAUCACUUCUUGAUCGCAUCACAGGUCAUCCACCUGGUAGCGACCUGCUUGAUGACGACGCUGGUGGCAGAUAUGGGCUACGGGAAGCAUCCUUGGGACAAACCCGGUGUCAGUCCAAUACCUUCCACCAAAGAGCUCCUUCUCAUGAUGCCGCGAGCGACCCUUACCAUCACUGCAAUGUCCUGGAGUAAAACAGCCUUCGCCAUUACCAUGCUACGCUUCUCCGAGGGUUGGAUGAAGUGGGCCGUAUGGUUCAUCAUCAUCAGCAUGAACAUCGCCUUCGGACUCUCUGCCAUGGUCCCGUGGCUCCUUUGCACACCGAUCCAGAAGACGUGGGACCUGAGCGUCGAGGGUUCAUGUCAUUCAUUCAACGUCUCACUCGUGCUUGCAUAUGUGUCCGGGGCAUACUCGGCCCUCUGCGAUCUUGUGUUAGCCUUGUUGCCGUGGAUGAUCAUUUCGAAGCUGCAAAUGCGGACCAAGGAGAAACUAGGCGUGGGCAUCGCCAUGAGCAUGGGAAUCAUGUCUCUCAACAUCUACGACACUGCGGAAAUCUCUGUCACCAUCAUGGCCGCCUCUAUCCCUGCGUUGCGCGUGCUUUUCAACGAAGUGCGCACCUCGGUCCGCACAAAGGGCAGACAGUAUUACCAGGCUACGACGCCCCAGUAUGGUGCAAAUCGGACUGGGAUCGUCAUUACUGUCAAGGCCGAGGGAAACAUGGAGGAGGAGCGGCCUGGUUGCGGAGAUGAUAUGAGCGACACAGGGAUUUUGGGAUCGAGCACCGGCCGCGACCCAAAACGCAUUUGCCGGGUUGAUGAGGUCGAGGUGGUUUCAACAUACAGUAAUGGGAAAAGAAGCAUGAGUGAUGAGGAAGGCGGAUACGAGAUGCAGAAGACUGUUAGGAAAGGGUCGAUGCCGGAGUAG